AAAACCGCAUCAAAAUCCGUUGCGUAGUUUUAAAGAUUUAAGCACACAUAGGGACAGAGAAAGCGACUUUGUUUUAUACUAUGUAGUGAUGCUACCUUAUAAAAAAUGGGUUGAUCAUCAUUAUCAAUAUAAGUUGUAUGAACUCUACUGCUUAUCAUACACCUUCCCUAUAGAUCUUCAGGUGGAGCUGUCAAAAGCGCUUGAAAAGUAAAAACAAAGUUACUAACGAGCAAUUGCCCAUAAACGCCCAUAAUGCUGGAGAAUUUAUGGGGAUUUAACUGUCCUUUAAAAAUUAAACUCAGAUUAGAUAAGUUACGAAUUUUGGGGUUCCAACUAGCUGACUAGAUAUAACGUAUAUAGCAAAAGUGAAGAGAUCGUGGUACAAACCCACGGACCUAUCAGUUCAUCUAACAAUUAUUAGUAUUCUUUAGUAUCUUUCGAUAAAAAAGGCAUGAAUUUGGAAUUGUUUUUUUUUUCUUUUUAAACUUUUUUAUUGUUCUUACGUGUGUAAAAAAAAAAAUAGUUUAAAUGGACAUAAUAUAAAUAACUAGGUCAAGAAACUGGUUAGGAAGGCCUAAGAAUUCAAUAAAAAAGUAAAAAAAAGAAUCCGUUCUUUGUUAUCCUAAUCGUUCAGAUCUACCUCUACCUGUAAAAGCUUAGUAAGUAUAGGUCUCCUAAAAUGGUUAUAUUGAAUAGUAACAAAUCAUGUCACGCGUAUCGGUUAAUAUAUUGUGGUCUUUGUUAUUAGACUUUACGGUCGAAGAUUGAAUGUGUCGUAUAAUAGUAUAAGAAAAUACAAGUUUGUGUGUUUUGAUAGUAGUUCAAUGAUGCUUUCCACUUCACGGUCAAGAGCAACUGAGUUGCCAGGUAAUAAAAUUUACCGUAAUAUUGUGUAAUUUCAGUAUCCUAUAAAAAUAUUUUCUAUGACGAUUAAAAUUAUGUAAGAAGUUCGCUUUAGCUUUUAUAACGAAUUUCAAAGAUUGUAAUUUGUAAGUUAUUUGUUAAUCACCAUAUUUCUGUACUCAUUACUGCUACACUAUUAAUGAAUUAUAAUUAGAUACAUCUUAAAAUAUGGGUCUUACUUUUCGUUAAUCAUAUUCCACUUAAAAUAAGGCUUAAUUACCUUAAUAAUUAAGGUCAAAAGUUGCAAACGAAUUAAUGCAAUUAUUUUGACAUUUUAACAUAAAGUCCCACAUUGGGUAAUAUUUCAACCUUGGCAACACAAUAGGUAUGCGGGGCAUCCGAGCAGGCAAACAUUUCACCGGCACUCGCUUAGCGCGCUGCACAACUCAUAAAAAAGUUAGUUUAAAAAAGUGAAUUUGAAAAAGUGAAUAUUCAACAAUGGCGGCGUCGUACGCCGUCUCCCGGGUCCUGAGGCGCGGGUCGUCGUUCUUUUUUCAAAAAAGAUUCGAAUCGACGAUGGCCAGUUUGACUAAAGAUGAAAUCCUUAUACUGUUGCGGCCUCCUUUCUCGAACUGGAGCAACAUCAUACGAGAUGCAGAGAAAGUUGUCGGAUAUCCGACCUCUUUUAUGAAUUUAAGGUGUCUUCUAAGCGAUGAAUUCGCUAAUCUGGCUCUCUACCUGAGGAAAUUGGUUGGCAGUAAUCACUUAGUAAUGCAGACAGCAAAGAACGUGUUGUACGGUGAUUCAAAGAACCUCCAGCCCUGGGGCCUCAUAAUACUACUGCUCUCGAAAUCAAUCAAAACAACAGUACCUAGAACAAAGAAAUCAGAAGAACAAACCAGAGUUCUUGCAGAACUAACUGAAAUGAUACGUACUGGACAUCUCAUACACAGAGGAAUAGUAAAUGUACCGUUCACGAAACGUUCAAAAGAUACAGAAUCAGCUAUAUUCGGCAACAAAAUUGCUAUCCUACUUGGAGAUUAUUUACUAGUUACAGCUAACGCUAUGCUUGCUAAUUUAAGGAACUCUGAUGUGUCUUACAUAAUUUCGACGGCUUUGAAGGAUUUGUCUGAAGGCGAAUUUUUCGGUGAGAGAGAUGAGCAGAACAUGCCUUUACCAGGUAAACCUAAGCGAGCCACAGACGAUCUAGAAAUUACAUUUGACACAACGUCCAUAGCAGUUGAUGAUGUGUUAGGUAAACCAAGGAAGGAAUGGACAGCUCGGUCAGUUUUCAACGGCGUCAGUCUUUUGGGCAGGGGGUGUCAAUCAGCAAUGGUUUUGGACAAACAUAAUCGUGAGAUCCAGAAUUAUGCGUACCAUUUCGGAUGCCACGUGGGCCUCGCGUGGCAAGCCGCUACAGAACUACAGAAACUAACUUCAGAUUCCAAAGAACAAUUUUGUUUGGCCAGUGCUCCGGUGUUAUUUGCUCUUGAUGGUAAUCCUGAUUUGUAUAAGAUAAUAGAUCAAGCCAAAAAUGACGUCAAAGAUGUAGAUUAUGAAGAUUUAAAGUUUAAUAUAUUAAAAACUGAUGCGGUUGACAAAACUAAAAUGCUAUACGAAGAUCAUGCAAAAAAAGCAACAGCGUAUAUCGAUAGCAUAGGCCAAAACGAAUCAGUUGAUAUGAUUAAGAAAUUAAUAAAUACAUUUUGAUUAAGUUACGAAUUGUAAAUAAAGCUAAUUUAUAUUGAUAGAGGUCAAUUAUAUAUACUCAACAUUUCGGUAACAUUUGAUUUCACAACAUGGAGCCGUCUUCAUGAAUAAUUUUAAACUUAAAUCAUCUUAGCCUUAAAAUUAUUAAUCAAAGAACAAUUUUUAUCUCCAUAUUAACCCUUAUGCAUAGGUUUACCAUAAUUUUGGUUGAAAACGUAUUAUCCCGAAAUUAUCCUUUUGGCAGUUCGGUCUGGAGAUCCAAAAGCAGGAAAAUAGAGUUAAAAACAGCUUUUACUAUCCAUCCGUAGCUACCUAACUAAGCAUAGGGGUUUUUUUAAAACAUAUUCAUCUUAAAAACUUACGCAAUAAAACGUAAUAAAAUCGAAGACAUGGUAUCUAGAGACGAUAAAUUGAAGUCUUCUGCAAUAUUGCCAAGUCAUGAUACCCAUGGCAAUGUAAAUUUACAUUCGACUUAUCAAACAAAAGUGAAUUUGUGUAUUUAUAAAUUAUCACUUUGAGUCUAACGUCUGGGUCACUUUGCGGUGUAUUAUGACUUGAAUAACAAAAUUCAUCCAAGAUCAGCUCUUACGUACAUGAAUGAGAUUAUAACUACAAUAAAGGUAGUACUAUAAAGGUAAUAUUGUAACUGUUUUAUUAGAUUUAAUAAGACAAUUGUGUAAUUGGUGCUAAUAUGUUGUUGAUGAUGUUUUGUUCUGUAAUUUUGAAUUAAUGACCAGUAACAGUUAACAUUACUUGUUUUCUGAAAUCAACAACUCAUAAAAAAACAAUUCAGUUUAUUUUUCAUUUAAAAUACUGGCCACUUAUCUUUUGCUGUCAACUGAUGACUACCUCCAUAUGAUGCAAAGAAACAAAUUUGAAUGAAGUCUUUAUUAUAUUAAAUGUACGCAUUUGUAUUUGAAUUUUGAGUGCAUUUCAAUAAAGCCUAUUAUGGCUUGGAUUUUAAGAUUAUUAUAGUAACUUUAAAAAAUAAGGCAUAAUAGUGGCCAAAAUUGUCCUGGUAAUCAAUAUAGCAGUAAGUCAAAAUAGAGGGUUCUGCUCUAUUUCACGGUAACUAGCUUAACUUAUCGUUCAUACUGCCGUUUAUCAAACAAGAAAAUGUAUUUCUAAUUUAUGUAGAUGUAUGAAAUCUAGAUAGGAAGAAAGUUCGUUUAACGCACAAUCCAAAUCAGUAAUAAAAAUUGCCCAUCUUUCACUUGCUAUCCUCUAUCACGUUAAUGGAGAACUACUAAAUUUCAUAAUAAGUUGAAGUGAUAAGACGUGGUAACUUUUUAAGUAAACACCUGAAGCAACGACCUGCUCAAUGUUCAUGGCCACGAAAGACUUAAUUUAUUAAUCUGUGUAAAUUUACCAAUAAAUGAUUAGCAAUCAAAAUGAAUCUUGAGAAUGGUUGAGGUGUAAAAUAACCUUAUUUAUUUAAAUACGAAUGGCUGUCUCGGUGGCGUUGUAUUACUGUACAACUGGUGGCACUGGUAAGGUUUUGGAUUUGAACCCAAUUUUGGGCAAAAUGAAAUUGUAUUUUUUUUUAAGCAGUAUCAACCUUGAGUCUGAAAUUUACAUCUCAUCUGGAAUAUUUAUCUGGAAUCUGUCGCUUAUUGGGACGGAACAUACACGGCGGAAAGUAGGUGCACCAGUUACGGUCAGCCUACCCCUUCGAGGAUAACGGGCGUGAGUUUGUGUGUGUUAAAUAGGAACAUCAACAGUAUCUACAGGUGCGGUAUUUAUCACUACAUAGUAUAAAACAAAGUCACUUUCUCUGUCCCUACCUUUGUAUGCUUAAAUCUUUAAAACUACGCAACAGAUCUUGAUGCGGUUUUUUUAAUAGAUAGAGUGAUUCAAGAGGAAGGUUUAUAUGUAUCACAUCCAUUAAAUAGUGGAGAAAUAUUGCACCCGUGCGAAGCCGGGGCGGGUCGCUAGUAUAAUAUAAAUUUCAAUUCGUCAGGACUAAAUUUGAGCUCCAAAAGUUAUCACCAAUUGGUAAUAAGCCAGUUUGCCUUAUUUGAUAUGUCCGUGUGACUACAUGUCACAGCGUCCUUAGAUAUUUAUAGAAAAUAUGCUAAUAUGAGCAUUAAACACGUAUCAAUCACGAUAUGGAAAAAUAUGAAGUAUUUUACAUUUAUUCUAUUAGAUUGAGUAACAACGGCAUGAGCGCAAUAUUAUUGUAUGACAAUCUACCCAAUGUCCGCUCUAUAUAACCCCAGAACUCUGACUAAAAGCAACUUCUACAUUUGUAUUUGAAAUUGACGGAAUAAAAAAUACGGCAUAGAUCAUUAUAGGUAUAUAGUAAAAAUCCUAUAUAUUUUUGUGUUUAGUAUCCGAUAUAUUUUUGUUAAAAUGAAGGUUUGUGACUUGGACUUGAAUCUUAUGAAUAUAUAAAAUAUGGUCUUUUUUAUAAAUAUUACCAUACGUAUUUAUAUUUGUAUGUUUAGACAUUUAACGUAAGGAAAUAUAUUUUGUAUGAAUUGUAU